GCUUCAUAGUGCGCUGAAGCGGCGUUGCCUGUUACAUCCUGCACUUAUCCUCUGCGUCAGCUUGGACUUAGUCUUUGACAAAAGACAACUGAAAACACGGACCAAGAAACCUGCACAUUUCUAUAUAUAUAUAUACCUAUAUAUAUAUAUAUAUAUAUAUUUCCAGGACGCUGUAUAUAGCUCAUUUAUUUAUUUGGGAAGCUUCUCCUCGUGAGUUUUUGAAAGCUUUGUGAAUAAAAACUGCGCUCUACAGAAAGAGUGAGUGAUUUUUGUUCGGCGCGGUCACUCGGGACAUUUCACAACUCAAUUCAAUGUCUUGCGGGACACAGACUCUGGAGAAUAUCUUACGGUCUUGUUUCUUCUGACUUGUGGCUGCUGCUUCACUUCUGAAAGACUAGAUGCCGGGAAUCAGCGCGAGCCUCUUACCCUUUGCAUGCUGGGACAUGGAGGAGCCGGAUCAGUACCAACACUACUUCUAUGAUGACCAUGAUCCAGGUGAAGACGUCUUCAAAUCCACUGCACCCAGUGAGGACAUCUGGAAGAAGUUCGAGCUGGUGCCCACGCCGCCCAUGUCUCCCGUGAGGAGGCAGGAUGAAACAGCUGUGUGUCCAUCUCUGGGGGACAAACUCGAGUGGGUGUCCCACUUCCUUGGCCAGGAUGAUGAGCAUGAGGAUCAGUGUAACCUCAGCUCCAUAAUCAUACAGGACUGCAUGUGGAGUGGCUUUUCUGCCACUCAGAGGCUUGAAAAGGCUGUCAGUGAGCACAUGUUAUGCCAGGGUGUGGCCAAGGUGCCUCUUGUCCCCCAGAUUCCCCCUUCGAGGUCACAGAGUGGUCAUGUGGAGUCGUUAUCUCUCAGCAAUCCGAUGGCCGACUGUGUGGAUCCGGCGGCUGUGUUGACCUUCCCGCUGAGCGGCUGCAAGAAGCAGGUGUCCUCUGGCUCUGAGUCACACACCGACUCAUCUGAUGACGAGGAGAUUGACGUCGUGACGGUGGAACACAAGCAUGGCAAGUCACGGUCAGUGAACUCACGCAAACCGGUCACCAUCACGGUGCGCGCUGACCCACACGACCCAGGCACAAAGCGCUUCCACAUAUCCAUUCACCAACAGCAGCACAACUACGCUGCCCCCUCCCCUGAUUCAGAGCCCCCUCGCAAAAGGAUCCGCCAGGAGACCUCCCAGAGCCGGCCAGGAUCCACACUCCACACACUCGAGAGCAAACCGCACUCACCUGUUGCAUCUGUUUCCAUCCCCACACACUCCGCAACAACCACCUCACCACUUCUCGCCUCAUCCCAUCAUGGCCCCAAAUCGCAGCCGGCCAGCCCUCAAAGCUCAGACAGUGAGGACAUGGACAGACGCAAGAACCACAAUUUUCUGGAGAGGAAGAGACGCAACGACCUGCGUUCACGCUUCCUGGCCCUGAGAGACGAGAUUCCCGGCCUCGUGGACUGUCCGAAGACGCCCAAAGUGGUGAUCCUGACCAAGGCGACUGAGUACCUGCAUGUGCUACAUGCCGCUGAUAAGCAAAAAGCCCAGGAGAAGAAGCAGCUCAAAAACAGGCAUCAGCAGCUUCUUCGAAGGAUAGCAGAACUGAAACGCUCUUAAAGUUGGCCAAAGAUCCUGGCCAGUCGAAAGGACUGUUUGUGAGGGUGCUUGGAUACAAGUGGGGUUUAUUUAAGAUUUAAGACAUCUGUACUUUUUUGUUUGUUCUAUUCUUCAACGAUCUUUGCACAUUUGAUUGUGUAGUUAUGGGGAAGUGUGUUAUAUUCCUGGUGUGUUGUGGAUUACAUAAACUUCACUGAGUUUCCCAAAGAAUGCCCUACUGAUAAAAAAAAAAGACAAGGGUCUCCCAAAUCUCUUUUAAUAGUAAAACAAUCCUAGAUCAGAGAUAUCCUGAAAAAAAAUAAAAAUUGUACUAUGACUCCAUUUGGGCAUUGCUUGAAAUGUAGCAUUUAGCUUGUAUGCACAUUCGACCACCAUAACAAAGGUGAAUUUGUGUGAUGAAAACUGCAUAUUAUCUGGUUUAAUAUGUCUUUACCCUGCUGUGCCAUCAUUCAUGUUCAAAAAUGAUUUGAACAAUUCGAAAGUGAAGUUUGUGUGGCCUUUGCAAUACUAUAUCAGGAUUGGAGGAGGAUUUGGAGACAGGUAGUUGUUACUGUAUACCGUUUUGUCUACAAAAAUCACAUUAUUUGUUUUUUUUAGCAGUUUUCUAAACAUUCUUGUUCUGGUGCACAUCCGAGUUCAUGCCUUAUCGACAUGUUGUGUAUAUAAACUGUGACUUCUGUAACCAUUUGUACAUAAUAGCUCAGAUGUAUAGGUGUGUAAAGUAUAUUAUAUAUGCUUUCCAUUUUAAUACCAAAAUCUAGGUUUUUGAUUUUUAACUUUUUAUUUUGUUUGUUUGUUUUAUGUUUGGAUAUGUUUUACCUUCAUGUGUUCUGAAACUUGGUUGGCCCACUUGGCUUAAUCUUAUCUCAGAUUUUCUGAAAGCUUCUAUUUUUGUUAACAAAAGUAAAAAACAAAAAAAUUGUAAACAUUCAAAUGACCGUAUAGAACCUUACUUUGCAUCGCUAGUCACCUUGAUGUUUCCACUGCCUAAUCAUCUUCUGUUUUUUAAGGGGGUUAGAUAUAUUUGGUUAGUAAUUCAAAAAUGCUGAGAAGAGUUUUAUAAUCUAUUUUCUUACCGAGUUCUGUGUUUCUUUGUAAUGUUAAUGUCUUUUUCUGUGUUUUCUCCCUCUUCUUUUUUAAACAAAAGCUCUACUGGUGGUAUAUGCAUCUUUUAUUCAUGUACUAGAGUCCCAUUUCUUUUUUAUUACAGUACAUUUAUUCUUCCUAGUGCAAUAUCCUUUGAAUCACACAACUUUUCAGCUCUUCUUGUAUAAUGUCAUCAUGCUGCACUGCUUUCUCACACCUAAACUCCCCCCCCACACACACUUAACUAUAGAACCCCUUUUUAGAGUACCACUGUUAUUCCAAAGGCUGAUUUGCACAUCAUCUUCUGCCUUAAUCCUUUGCAGAUUCAACCUAGUCUUGAGUUUAAGUCACUAUAAAUGGCAAUUCUUCAUUGUAAAUGACUUUCACUGUUGGAAUAGGCUUAAUCGCUCUGAAAAAAAUAAUCCAAAGAAAACCUAUGGUAGCUCGUUCUUUUGUUUCAUCACUGAUCACUUUCUCAUUCAGACCUCUUUAUCGCUAAGAUGCAUACACCAUCAGCAAGCUCCACAGUCUUGUCUUAUUUAUAAUUAUUUUCCGGUGGAAAAGCCAAGCUUUAAGAGCGCAUUUGUUACAGUUACUGUCAAGGUUUGUCACAUAACUUUUUCUCUUUAUUUUUAUUUUUAUUCUUUUUUUGCUUGAUUGUUUUGUUGUGUUGUGUUUGUUUUACAUUUUAUUUGUUGCUCCUAAUUUCACUUUGUCUCUCCUUGUGGUUAAUUCUUACACUCGGAGCAUGACAGCAGCAUUAAGCACUUUGUGUUCAGUACCUCAUGAGCCCAUAGAAGUCAGACAAUUAAUAAAUUCAAAAUGAAAACCA